AUGAAGUCCAAACGUGAAAUCAUCGCAUCCACCAACCUCCCCGACAACAUCCCUCCUUAUACCCCCAUGUCCUCUCUGGGACAUGAACUGGGGAUUCUGUUCGGGUUCCUGGUCGCUUGCUUUGUCGUUAUGGCUGUUUAUAUUGUUGUUUGGAGGGUAAUCGAACGCCGCGAAGAACACCUUGAAAAAGUCCGCCGGGAGGAACUAACCGCCAAAGGGAUCCAUCACGGCCGAGGCGGCGUGCACGAGAAGAUGAUGGAUCGGGACCGUAUCGCGCCGUUCGAGAGGGCCGAGUUACCGGGUUAUUUUGGUGGGAUUGCCACUGCGCCAGGGGUGGUUCUUGGUGGUCGUGCUGGUAGUUCUAGUGGAGCAGUAGCAGGGAGUAGUAGUCGGGUUCAUGGUAGUAUGAGCGGGAGUCAGUUGGGGCGGAGGUCGGAGAGGGAGAUGGAGAUGGAAAUUUUGAGGAUGGCGUCGAGAUGA